AUGGGUAGCUGUCUAUCAUCUAAUCCUCCAGUCGAUAUAGAGCAAGUAAAGAAGUUUGUUGAUGGCGAAAUUGCGGAUAAUAAGGUGAUGGUCUUUAGCAAAAGCUAUUGCCCACACUGCAAGAAGGCUAAGUCCGCCUUGAAUAGCAUCGGGGCUGAAUACAAGGUGGUGGAGUUGGAUGGUCGCUCGGACUGUGCUGCUAUACAGGAUUAUCUCAAUGAGAUUACUGGUGCUAGAACGGUACCAAGAGUUUUUAUUGAUGGGAAAUGUAUUGGUGGAGGCAGUGAGACGGUCGCUUUGAAGAAUAGUGGCGAACUGCAGAAGAUGCUCAAUCUCCCCGACAAAGGGAAUCAGCAAUAA